GCGUACACGGUGACGUAAUCGAUGUGCGCCGCCGGCUGCUUUCUUUUUUAUUUUUUCCUAACAGGCGGCGGUAUCAACUGUUCUCUCGACAAGUAACUAGCAAAUUCUUUUCACCCAGAAUGCCUCUUCCUCCGGCACUUCUGGCCCGCUUGGCCAAAAGAGGAAUUGUCAAACCAACAGAUCAAGAUGCAGAUGAGGAGAUUAUCGCUGAAGAUUACGAUGACAACAAUGUGGAUUAUGAAUCCACCAGACUAGAGAACCUUCCUCCAAACUGGUACAAAGUGUUCGAUCCGUCCUGCGGUCUUCCUUACUACUGGAAUGUAGAGACAGAAAUGGUGGCCUGGCUUUCACCAAAUGACCCGACUGCAGUUAUAACAAAACCUGCCAAGAAAAUGAAGGCUGAUGUCACAGAUGAAAGAGCAGAGAGGCCGAUUGAAAAGCCAGAGAAGGAACGAGAUCGGGAUCGCGACAGAGACCGAGAACGGGAACGAGAACGAGACCGGGACAGGGACCGAGAACGGGACAGAGAGCGAGACAGAGACCGGGACGAAGGACGGGACAGAAGGAAGCAGAGGAGAGACGACAUGCCGCCGUACGGCAAAAGCAAAAGAGGAAGAAAAGAUGAUGAGAUGGACCCAAUGGACCCGAGUGCCUAUUCUGAUGCUCCAAGGGGCUCUUGGUCAAGCGGCCUCCCCAAACGCAACGAAGCAAAGACGGGCGCAGACACGACCGCAGCCGGGCCGUUGUUCCAGCAGCGGCCGUACCCGAGUCCCGGGGCGGUGCUGCGAGCUAACGCCGCUAACCAUCCGCCCAAGGAGUGAACCGGGAUCCCGCGAAGACGGAAAAAGGUCCGGAAAGACGAGAGAAGAAAAAGAUCCUGUAUGGAGGCCCGCAAA